UGGAAAAAAACGAACUCGAAGUUAUUCGCGCAGUGUCCAAUCGAAAAAGCGGAGUUCGACUUGGAUUUAUUGAUUUCUACACCGCCUCAUAUUAUUCAGAACGCAUAAGCAAAAAUAAUCUUCACAUAGCUCGUAUCAUUCCACGAGACCGCGCAUACGGCGUGUUGUUAGGAAAGGACUGGUCUCCGCAAGUAGUCGAAUGUCUCCGACGUCUUUCCGAAGACAAUCGUCACGUGAUACACGAAGUGAUUCCGAAGUAUAUCCGAAUGUCUGAGGUAUGCUAUUAAGUUAAUUUGGACAGUUUAUGUGCAAUGGCCGUAACUGAAUAUCUAGGGAGAACAGUUUAGAACUGAUAGAGUUAUCCCGUAUAAAUUAUAUAAAGAUAUUUAGUUGGGUUUCCUCCUGUAGUAACACUGGAUCAAUAACUUUUUUCUGUGUUGGUGUUGUGUCAGGCCCGUAGCUGAGGGGGGGGGGGGCUGGGGGCGCCCCAGUGCCCACCCCCCCAUUCCGAAAUUUGGUAUGCAAAAUUGAGAUAAAGGACCUGGAAACCAAUUGUAAUCGACAAAUUUUGUGGUACAUUUUGUGAUGUUUCGAAAAAUUGUGUUAGAUUUCGGAAAAAUUUGGUGUGUCUGGAAAAAAUUGUUGUCCGGAAAAAAUUUUUGACCCCUAAAAUGGUACACUGACCGAAAUUUUUUUGGCGACGGGGGGGGAGGUCGCCAAAAUAAAUUCCGGAAAAAAUUUUUUCUCAUCUCAAACCGUCUGUUACAUUCUUUCUGCAGUGCCCCCCAUAGAAAUAAGGUGCCCCCCCCAGAAAUUGAGAGCCAGCUACGGGCUUGUGUUGUGUACUCAGGUGAAUAUGUUUGUGAUGUUUCUCUGAGUUUAUAUCCACACCGGGCGAGUUUGAAAAAUAUGCCCGGCCACGGUGGGAAUCGAACCUACGACCUUUGGAAUACUAGCCCAAUGCUCUGCCAACUGAGCAAUAAGAUAUGAUCCUUACUGGACCUCUGAGAAGAGCAGUAUAGAACUGAUAGAGUUAUCCAGUAUAAAUAAAGUUAGUUUAGUUUAGUUUUCCUCCUGUAGUGAUACUGAAUCAAUAAGGAGCACUGGACCACUAGGGAGAACAGUUUAGAACUGAUGAACUAUCCAGUAUAAAAUACAAAGUUUAGUUUAAGUUUCCUCCUGUAGUAACACUGGAUCAAUAAGAGAUGACGUUUACUGGACCUCAAGGGAGAACAGUGUUAGAACUGAUAGAGUAUCCAGUAUAAAAUACAAAGUUUAGUUUAGGUUUCCUCCUGUACAAACUGUAGACUAAAUAAGGUAUGAUCCUUACUGGACCUGUAGGAAGAAUAGUUCAGAACUGAUAUCAAAUAUACAUUCAUUUUCUCAUCAGCAUAAGACCGGCUUGAUGGAAUACUUCUCUGGCAGUGCAUUCGGUUACACUAUCUAUGGUUUGUCUGGUCUCCUGUGUCUACUCAUUGUGCUCGGGUUGUGUUUUCAUCGUGGCUACUUUGAGUGGAAAGAGAAAGAAUAG